UUCACUACCGAAUGGAAUACUUCGCUAAAAAGUCUACGAAAAGGGUAUUCCACCGUCAUCGCAACCAGCCGGAAUCUGCAGACGAAGUAGCAUUACCAGGGGAACUAGAUGUAGCGGAAGUGAUUGAAGAUCUGGAAAGCUUGAUUGCGGAGUUGAAGUUCAUUGUACCUACGGAUCAAGCCAAAACCCAUAUCCUUGAUCUUUGGAAGAAAACUAUUAAAAUUCGAAACGAACACAGGAUUGAAGAAACGUUUUUGACGUUCAUGAACGAUUUUCCGGUUGCAUCAGCAUUCAGUGGCAUGCUUCUUGCUUACGAUUACACCACAAUUUACCCUAAGGCAUUCGAGUUCAAGGAUUCGUGGAAAGACAUACAACCAAAAAUUUUGGAUCGUUACCGUGACAUGUUCCGUUUCAUCAAAAGCGAUGUAGUGAGGGCUCUGGCUGUCGUGCGGCAGAAAAACCCAACACGUGGAUCAAAACGAUCCAGAGAGGAAGAUUAG